AUGGCACUAGGCAGUAAGACCACAUCUACGUGCAUUGGAAAUCGCUCACUGCCUUCUCCUGCUCAGGAACACAGCCUGUCAACUGAAAAGGGCAUGCGCAAUAUUGAUAGAGCUAUAGAGUUGUCCAGCGCUGUUGCACAAGACGUUGAUGACGAUCGUUCAACGAAAACCGGUGACUGGAGUACCAAAGACUGGGGAGAUGCUACAGGAUCAGAUGGUUCAUCUGAAGUCGAAUCGCCUCCAUCGGAUAUUCCUACCUCAUCGUCAUCACUCUUCAAUCAUCCGAAAAUCUACUGCGAUUUUGUAAAGGCUAUUGAGGAGCACGCAAUAACUGAACGACCAGACCUGGAGACGCAGCUGAAAAUAAUGCAAUGGCUAGUUGGCAGCUCUGUGAGUGCGAUAACUAUUUCUAUCCAUUACUGCUGUGCCUAA